AUGAACUGCAAGGUUCUCGGCACAAGGCUUUUUGCGAAGCUCCUCGCCGACGAAAUUUCAAAGGUCACAGGCAUAAAAGACCUCCUCCUGGAUUCCGAUCGCCCUCCCAAAACUGAUAAAGAGUCCCCCAAAAAUGACACCCGCGAAAAUCAGUCGGGCGAGAAACGCGGAAGAAGGCAGGAUGACCGAGGAAACGACAGCAACUGUCGAAGAGUGAGCAUGAUCAUCGGGGGAUCGCAAUUCUAUAGCGAUUCGAUCUCGUCGAUAAAAGCUUAUGGACGGAAGGCUGAGACAAGUUCAAGCUGGCUGGCUCGGUCCCCAACCGACGACGCCCCUAACGAUACGAUCAUCUUCGAAGAGCGGGAAACCAUCGGAAUCGACAAACCUCACUGCGACCCAUUGGUUAUCGAUCUGGUAAUCCGAGACCUGGAAGUGGGAAGGAUCCUUAUCGACACGGGAAGCACAGUCAACGUCAUUUUCUGCGAUACCCUCCGGAGGAUGAACAUUGAACUCGGAGAAUUCGUCCCGGAACCAAAACCUCUCACCAGUUUCUCAGGUGCAACGUCAAUGAACCUCAGAUCAAUCAAACUCCCAGUGAUGGCUAAAGAGGUGACGAAAAUCAUUGACUUCGUGGUAGUCGAUAACCCGACCAUCUACAAUGUCAUCAUUGGAACUCUUUGGAUCAAUGCCACGAAAGCGGUACCGUUGACUUACCACCUUGGCAUCAAGUUCCCAAUUCCAAACGGAACAGCGGUAAUCUGGGGAUGCCAGAAACAGUCUAGGCUCUGGUUCUUGGCAGAGCAUAAACUACGACAAACUCAGAACACCCCCGCGGUCAACCUGAAGCGGGCUAAGAAAGCUCAAAACGCUCCCGAGAGCUCCAUAAAAAGUGAUCCAGAAUCACCCGACAAGGCAACGACUCCAUACAGCGACAUAGACCCCGAGUCCAUCGCCUUGCCAGCGGACAGCCCGACCCCUGAAACGGUCGUCGAUCCAACUGAAGCCCCAAUGGCUGAAGUAACCGGAACAAUCUCAUCCAGCGAGUAG